AUGUCUUCUUGCACCCGCAUCGCAGAGCUAGCAUCGACCAUUGCCACCAACACGGCCAAAAUCGACGCCUACAAUGCCGAGAAAGGCCUCCCCUCGCAGUCCUUUGACCCCGACGCGCCGCCCAAGUACGACUACCCUCCGGAGAUUGAACACGCCCGCCAGCAGGUUCUCGGUGCCACGGACGAGCUGCACGCGUUGAUGGCCGGGCCUGCCAGUGCUUUCGUGAAGCCUUCUCACAACGCCCUCACGAGCAUCCACGCGCUGUACCGCUUCAACAUCGCCAACAGCUUCCCCGAAGGCCAGGAGGAAGCGACGUAUGAAGAGCUUGCACAGGCCUGCGGGCUCAGCGAGUUCAACCUGCGCCGCAUCGUGCGCGCCGCCAUGACCCAGCACAUCUUCCGCGAGUCGCGCAAGGGCGUCGUCGCGCACACCAGCGCCUCCAAGUUCUUCGCCAACAACCGCAUUAUGCGCCAGUGGAUGGUCGAUGCCAUGCAGAAAUGGCCGAGCUCCCAGGAACCCAACGAAACCGGCUUCAAUAUCGCCCACCACACGGACCAGCCCAUGCUCAACCUGCUGGCCAACGAUCCGGCGCGCGCGCAGCGCUUUGCCGAGGCCAUGUCGCUCUUCAACGCCAGCGACGGCAUGGAGCCCGAGCACCUGCGCGAUAACUACGACUGGGCCGCACUGGGAGAGGGCGCGACGCUGGUCGACAUCGGCGGCUCGCACGGCGACGUCGCCGUCUCGCUGGCCCGGCGCUUCCCCAACCUGCGCUGCGUCGUGCAGGAUCUUCCGGAGGUCGUGGCCAGCGCAACCGUGCCCGAGGGCCUCGAAGACCGACUCAGCUUCCAGGCGCACGACGUUUUUCACCGAGCAGCCCGUCAAGGACGCCGACGUGUACCUGUUCAAAUGGAUCUUCCACGACUGGUCGGACAAGUAUUGCAUCCGGAUCCUCAGGGCCUUGAUCCCCGCGCUGAAAAGGGGCGCCCGCAUCGUGGUCAGCGAGUUCAUCAUGCCCGACCCGGGCGUGAUUCCCUUGUAUCUCGAAAAGCGUGUCCGAACGGCAAGGAGCGAGAAAUCGCCGACUGGGCCGCCCUCUUCCAGGCCGCCGAUCCGCGUCUCAAGCUCACCAACAUCAUCCAGCCGCCGCUGUCGAAGCUGGGUAUCAUCGAGGCCACAUGGGAUGUGUAG